GGGCUAGGCCUACCUUUCGACGUCGUCUGCUCUUAUGGUUUCACCCUCUGGUGCUUCGAUCAGCCGCGUUCACUGUGCAUGUGACUUAUGUCUGUUCAUCGCGGCCCCCUAAACCUGUUCGUGCAACACUCAAGUAAGUCUCCAGCAACUGUAACGCUUUUCUUGGAGAGCCAUACACGAGAAUGGAAGCGAGCUGGAUAUCACGAAGUGAUGCGGAUGCGCCUAGCAGGUUAAUUCAUGACAGGAGGUUGCAGCACCCCCUUGGCGGCAGUGGCCAAGGUACACGAGCCAGCUGCUGCAGUUGCAGGCAUGGCACCACCACUGCACCAGCCCAGUUCACACCCCGUCGGACAUUCGUGACAACGGCACCCUGGUCUCAGGCACCCCUGGUUCAGCAGCCAGGCAGUCUGCCCGAGACCAGCACAGACCCAUUCGAGCUGUCCAAGCAGGACCUGGCAGACAUCUAUGAUGCCAUCAAAAAGGAGUUAUGGGUGUCAAAGCCUCAGCUGAACGAAAUUGCCAGCUACUACUUUGAUGGCCAGGGAAAAGCUUUUCGCCCGAUGAUCUGCACCUUGAUGGCCAGAGCUGUGAACAUUCAUGUGCACAAUAGAAAUGUACUUUUAGAUUUUCAAAAGAAAGUGGCAUUAUUGUGCGAAAUGAUCCACACUGCCAGCCUUGUCCACGAUGAUGUCAUUGACACCUCCGACACACGGCGAGGAAAGCCCAGUGUCAACGUGUUAUGGGGGCAGAAAAAGGCAAUUCUAGCGGGUGACUUCGUGCUCUCCCGAACAGCACAGUUGCUUGCCAAGAUUGGGAGCAAUGACGUCAAUAGUUUCCUGUCUCAGGUUCUUGUGGACUUAGUUCAAGGAGAAUUCAUGCAGCUGGGUUCCAAAGAAGACGAGGGAGAGCGAUUCUCUCAUUAUAUACAAAAAACAUUCAAGAAGACUGCCAGCCUCAUUGCCUUUGCCUGCAGAUCCGUAUCCAUACUUGGAGGUGGAGAUGAGAAAAUACAGGAGGCAGCCUACCAGUAUGGCAGAAAUGUUGGCAUUGCAUUUCAGGUUAGUAUACACGGCGCUUUACAACGGAAAAACACUGAUUAUUGCACCGACUUUCAGUUGGUUGACGACCUCCUAGACUUUGUAUCCAGCCAGUCUGAUCUCGGCAAGCCUGCUGCUGCUGACCUCAGGCUAGGACUUGCCACUGCACCUGUCCUGUUUGCUUGUGACAAGGUACAGCGCUUUCUGCAAACACACUGCUCAGACUUUGUGCAAGUCUUUCCUGCAGUGAAUGGCCCAUGUUUUUUUUUUUUUUUUUUUUCUUUUUUUCAGUACCCAGAGCUGAAUGCUAUGAUAAUGCGACGCUUCUCAGAGCCUGGAGAUGUGGAAAGGGCCUAUGAGGCAGUUCUGAAGAGUGAUGGCCUAGAGCACACGCGGCUGCUGGCACAGAAGCACUGCAGCGAAGCCGUGCGGCACCUCGCACCGUGGGUUGAGUCACCAGAAAAGCAGGCACUGAUCAGCAUCACCGAAAAAGUGCUCAACCGCAAGAAGUAACCACAUGCAGGCCCACGUCCAUACACAAUAGGUGCAGAGAUUUAGACAAACUGUACAUAAAACAAAGCCAAUGCCUGCAGCCCUAAAACACUACCACCGCCCAUGUGGAGAGAGGAGUAUAUGCGUCGAGCUGUUUCAUAUAUUUUGCCUGACAAUCGGAAGGAAUCUGACAAAGUGACCUUCACAAAUGUGAUGGCCAUUGCGUGCUUAAAAAAAAAAAAAAAUAGUGCUAUUGAACUUUGCGCAUGCAGAAGACAACGAAGGCGCUGUCUUUCCGAUGCUUAUAAUGGCUCCAUUUGUUUGCCUGAAUUUCAUCUGCGAGUGCUCAUGCCAGCACUGGAGAGAAGCAGAGCAACAGAUAACACGGGUGCUAGUUGUACAUAAGACCUCACUCUGAUUAAUGUACAUAAAAGUAAUGAGCUUGGCCUUGAAUAUAAAUCAUAGACAAGAAAAAGCAUUUCUGUGUGGGAAAGUUAUGUUCACUGUACACUAAGAUGGCAUACUUGCAAUGACGAAAAUUACUAUUGUUUGAAAGAGUUUAUAACACGACCAACCAGUUAUACUUAAUAGUUGCACGUUAUUUAUCUUCUGCAAGUUAGAUGUGCUUGCAGAGUAUACAUACUACCCUAAUAAUGCUGUUAAAAAAGUAACCUGUACAUAGGAGUAUAUGACGUUUUGGGAAGUACUAUAAACAUAUUAAACCUAUUACUGUAAUUGAAAAUAAGAAAAAAAGGAUUGUUUGGCCUCUUUGUUACAGUUACAUAAGUCAUUGAUGUUUUAAGGCAUUCAUUUGUAAUGGAACACUAACAGAUCUAAACAAAGCAAAUAAAAAUUAACAAGUGUCACCAGA